GUAAUAUGGGCACUGGUUGAGGACCUUUGGUGUCUCCAGGGAACCAGCUGGCCAGACCUGACGAUUGGUAUUGUUCUUGGAUGCGGCCUGAUAAACUUCCGCACCACCUCCAAGAAACCAGAUGAAGGAGCAAGCAGACUAUUCAAAAUCCUAGUAGCAGAAUCAGUCUACCUCAUCUGGAUCCUCGAAUGGGAAUGUCAAAAGAACACCCCAAACUAUCCUGAUGGCGCCCACUCUCCAGAGGAAGUAAAACGCAGAUGGUACGCCAGAAUCAACCACCACCUUGAAAUGGACAAAAUGAUGGUGGAUAGAUUCAAAGUGAGCAGACACACCCUAGAAAGAAAG